AUGUCCUCAAAAGAAGGUGAUAUGCAUCAUCAGCUGUUCUUUUCCUUUAAAAGACUCCUCGCUAACUUGCCAACACAACGAUCGCCUCGAGGCCGAGUGGUGGCAGAAGGUGUGUACAAUAACGCGCACUUCAUGCACGCGGCGACAUCACACGUUGGUGAUAUCGUCCAAGUUCUCACGCAGUCUGGUAGCCUCUGGGAGGGCGUUUUCAAGACCUUCAGUGCUCAGUUUGAGGUGGUAUUAGAAGUCGCGCAUAGAGUGGACCAAGAGGGAGUUGUGGCUGUUGACUCAGUGGUUGAGAAGUUGAUUUUCAAGCCGCAGGAUGUAGUGUCCAUCCGGGCGAAGGACUCGGAUCUGGAGUACGCGACCCACGACGUGUUUCAGACUGAUAGCGCUAUAUCUAAUAAGUUUAAUGGUAACGGUAGAUCAGCAGAAGAGCGACACUUAGAGCCGUGGGACGGCUGCGAGGUGGAGGUCGGGGAAUCCCCCUCACUGAACGGGGACGCUCGUCUCGAGGACUUGGAGCUCGACCACCGUGCCAACGGCUGGGACGCGAACGAUAUGUUCCGUAAGAACGAGGAGGUGUAUGGGGUUCACAGCACGUACGAUCACUCCCUAGCGGGAUAUACGUUGCCGUUGCAGAGGAAGGAUACUCAGGAUUAUAGGGACGCAGAAGCUAAAGCCGAAGAGAUUGCAGCGGAAAUAGAGAACACGCCGUCGUACAAGGCGCGGAUAGAGCUCGAGAACGGCGACGAGGAGGAGCGCUUCGCGGCCGUCGUGCGUCCGCCGGACUCCGGCAAAUACGUCAUACCAAACAAGAGGAAGAACCUGCAGACGGGAAAGCUGGUGAAACCAAACAACAACAACAACGGCGCGCCGCCUGCCCCCGCCGCCAACAAGCCCGCCUUCGCGCACGCGCCGCCCAAGGACAAGGAGCACCGCCCGACCCGGCACCACCUCACGCCGCCCUCCGAGAGGGUGGACCGCCCCCUGGACCGCCCUAUGGACCGCCCCAUGGACCGCCCGGCGGAGCGACCGGCCGAGCGGGUGGAGCGACGACCUGAUGAGCCACCGGAGAAGAAACAUCGUCCGCCGCGCCACAACCUCACGCCUGAUAGGCGGUCUGAUCAUCCAUCGGCGGCCAGCCCCGCCGCGAGCGCGGGCGCGGCGGCCAACAAGAGCUACGCGCAGCAGGCCGGUGCCUACCACGCGCCGCCGCCCUUCCCGCACCACCACCACCAGCAGCACCAGCACCAGCAGCAAGCAAGCGGUAAAAUGAACGGUGAGCCUCGGGCUGCGCCCCUGCCUCGCCAGGGCUUCCCGCCACACCACCACCACAACCCGCCCCCGGGCGCGGAGGGACACACGCGGCCGCCGCGGCACCACGCGCCGCCGCCCGAGCCGCGUCGUCAGGACGAAGUCCAAGAACUGCGCAAGUUCGGGCAGGAGUUCAAGCUGGUGACGUCCCCGGCGCCGAGCGCGCCGCCGCCCGCGCAGCCGCAGCAGCCACCGCAGCCGCAGCAGCCGCCGCAACCGCAGCCGCAGCCGACCGUCGUCAGCGUGCCGCCACCGCAACAGCAGCCAGCCGCGCCGCCGACCGCGGCAGCGCCGGCCGCGCAGCCGGCGCCGCCGCCGGGCCCCGCCAGCCCGCCCGAGGUGUCGGCCAACGCGGGCGCGCCGUCGUCGCCGCCCAAGCGCGAGCGCGCGCACAAGCACGAGGCGCACCCGCCGCACCCGCCGCCCGUCACGCACCAUAAGCCUCCACCAGUGCCAAAACAAGAAGAGCAGCAACAAGAAGAACGGUCACCAGCUUCCUCAUCUCCGCCAUCCUCAGCAUCCUCCGCAUCGCCAGGAGCCGAGAGGGUGGAGAGGGUGGCCGCCGCCCUCAAGAAGUCCACCCUCAACCCCAACGCGAAGGAGUUCAACCCCAGCGCCAAGCCCUUCACCCCGAGAAGUCCCACCACGCCCAGUCAUAGCAGGCCACACACGCCCGGCACGCCGGUGGGCAUGGGCGCGGGCAUGGGCAUGGGCGGCGUGGGCGUGGGGCUCGGCGGCGUGGGCGUGGUGGGCGCCGGCGUCAGCUACGUGCCCGCCCCGCCGCCGCCCACUAUGGUGGCAGUGUCCCCGCACACGUACAUGGUGGCGGCGGCGGCGGCGCAGCAGCCCCCCACCUAUUUGCCACAUCCGCAUCCGAUGGAGAUGGGGUGCGAGUGUCGGCAGUACGCGCCCAUCCUCGUGCUGGACAAGCGCGAGCGCGACGCGGUGAGCGUGCCGGGUUUGAUGCGGUUCUCGUUGUGUGCACUUUGUUUUGUUGUUCUUGAUUGUUCUUGG